GCAAAGUUUGGCUUGUUAGGGAAAGUUCCUAACUGUCAGGGCUGUCGAAGGGGCCUUGAUGGAAGAAAGGAGGACAUCGUCUUGUCAGCAAAAAACACUUACAGUUUGCAAUUCUUGGAACGCAAAAGACGCGUGUGAAAAUCACUGAGGAAGGAUACAACGUCGUACAGAAGUUAAUUAAGUUUAUAUCGCCGGCGUCACGCUUUCUAUGUCUAAAGUACAUGGUUCUAGCGGGAUAUAAGUGUUUCACUACAAAAUGGAAAGUAUUUGAAAUGACAGUCGGUACAGUGAGGAUAAAGCAUAAUAACAUAUUGUCUUUCUUUACCUUCCAACAAGAUGAUUUACUUACACUGCGGACUUGCACAACCUUUCUCUCCAAUUUACUUUUUGGUUGCAGCGGGGAUCUUGGCGAUGUUUAACAACAGUAAAACAUUUGGAUUUGAACAAGAGACGGAGAGCUUUCUACAGGGGCUUCCGCAGUACGAGGUCGUUCACCCCUACCGAGUGGACGCCAAAGGUCACUUCCUGUCCAACUUUGUGUCCCACCGCGUCAGCCGGGUACAGCGGAGGGAAACCCAGGGGGAACCAGGAAACCCUACACGGGUGUUCUACCAGUUGCAGCACGGUGGCCACAAUCUGCACUUCAACCUCACCCUCAACCCACACCUGCUGGCUCCUGGCUUCCUGACUGAGCGAAGGUACGGUGGCAUGGAGGGGGCCAAAAUACGCAGCCAUGGCCCUUCGCUGUGCCACUUUAUCGGGGACGUGUGGGACCAGGCAACCAUCAAGGGGAGGGCGGCUAUAAGCACUUGUGACGGCCUGACUGGGCUGUUCAAGCUGUCCCAGGAGGAGUUCUUUAUCCGGCCAUUGGAGCGGUCCAGUGAUGAGUUGACGGCACCACAAGUCCACAUUAUUUACAAGCGCCACACCUCCCCCACCCAAAGCCAGUUGGUACAGCCCAUCUCUGGAGACCAUACCACCAACGGUACCUGUGGGGUUAAAGGUGAAGCCUCCCGUCUUGACCUGAUCUGCGGCGUUGGAGCGUGUGGAGAGGCAACGGGAGCGCUGGAGAGACGCCAGCGGAGGAAGAGGAUACGCCAGCGUUCCAUCAGCAGGGAGAAGUGGGUGGAAACGCUGGUGGUGGCAGAUUCCAAGAUGGUGGAGUACCACGGCACCAAGGGCGUGGAGAGCUACGUACUGGCUGUCAUGAACAUCGUGUCGGGGUUGUUUCAUGAUGCCAGCAUUGGAAACCCUAUCAACAUCGUAGUGGUUCGUCUGAUCCUGCUGGAGAAGGAAGAGGAAGACCUGAAGAUCACUCACCACGCUGACAACAGCCUGAGCAGCUUCUGUAAGUGGCAGAAACGGCUUAACGUGAAGGGAGAAGAACACGCGGUCCAUCACGACGUGGCCGUCCUUCUCACCAGAAAGGACAUCUGUACGGCCAUCAAUAAGCCCUGUGAGACCCUGGGCCUGUCUCAUGUGGCAGGAAUGUGUCAGCCCCACCGCAGCUGCAGCAUCAGUGAGGACACAGGCCUGCCGCUGGCCUUCACCGUCACCCACGAGCUCGGGCACAA